UCUCUCUCUCUCUCUCUCUCUCUCUCUCUCUCUCUCGCUCAUACAUAAUAGUUGGCUUGUCAUCCAGUCAUCCACUAUCCACUUGUGGACGAGUUUCUUGAUCAAGUGAUCAUGGGAAUUCACAAGCCUGCGUGGUUGGAAGCGCUGUAUGUGCAGAAAUUUUUCGUGCCAUGCUCAAUUCAUGAAAGUGCAAAGAAGAAUGAAAAAAACAUCUGCUGCUUGGAUUGCUGUACAAGUAUUUGUCCGCACUGCGUCAUGUCUCAUCGAUUCCAUAGGCUUCUUCAAGUUCGACGUUAUGUAUAUCAUGAUGUUGUUCGAUUGGAAGACCUAGAGAAACUCAUUGACUGCUCCAACGUUCAGGCUUACACAAUUAACGCUGCAAAGGUGGUGUUCAUCAAGAAAAGACCUCAAAACAGGCAAUUUAAGGGGUCCGGGAAUUUUUGCACCUCUUGUGAUAGGUGUCUCCAAGAACCCUUCAUUCAUUGUUCUCUUGGGUGCAAGGUUGACUCUGUGCUUAAACACUACAAGGACCUCUCUCCAUUUCUGAGGGCAUGCAAAGUCUUACAACUUAGUCCAGACUUCUUCAUUCCUCAAGAUUAUGGUGAUGAUGAAAUGACAAAUGAGACCCCUCAUUCAACAAUUGUGGACUGUGACGAGCCAUUGAGCUCCUCAUCGGGCUCUUCGGGGUCUGAGAAUAUGAGCUUUAUGUGCACCGAAUUUGUGAGGAAGAAGAGAAGUGGAUUAUACGUUUGUGGAAGAUCAGCAACUAAGAUCACAGAUGAGGAUAUGGCUACAAGCAUGAGUAGAAGAAAAAGAGUUCCCCAUAGAUCACCACUAUGCUAGACAGUUCUAAAGAUAAUUAAUAGUAACUUUUUACUACUUAGUUCUUUGAGAUUUGACCGACUCGAUCAGGCAACAAUUGUCACCAUCCUUCCCCUUCCCCAGAACCCCGCCUACCCACAAAAAAAAAGAAAAAAAAGAGGUCCAUAAAGAAUCCUCUCCUCCUCAUUGUGGGUUAAUUAAUUUACUUGGUCGGGCUGUUUUGUCUUAAUGGCAUCACGUGAUUCCCAAUUCCAAGUUAUGGUUUUGUACAUUUUGUCUUGAGAUUUUCACGUUGUACUAUUCGUUCUUA